CAAGAAGCAAGAAGCUGGGAAAAGAGAGGGAAAUUUAAACUGUGGGGACCUUGUGUCAAAACAGCCGCUUUAGCACGAAAAGGCUAACUCCGAUAUAGACCGAGAGUAUUGAACAUAGACGUAAGCUUUCUGUUCUGACGAGAAUAACUCGUAAUGUUACAGAAUGGAGUUCUGCAUCGACCAGCUUUCAGAAAGCCCCUCCAAAAACAGCUUAACGGGGAGCUACUACAAAAUACUGGCCAUUCCGAGAGAAACGGUGCUGUCCCCCAAAGAUGCAGAGCCCCUGAUCAACGGUCCUGGGCUCCAACCGACUAAACAGAGCAGCCAGGCUCUCGUGGACGCACUAAGGACCCUUCAAAAACGCCUGGAAGCGGAGAAGAACUAUCCACAGUUCUCACACAAUGCGAAGACGCAUGAGUCCGUUGCGAUGGCAACCAGCCUGCCUGUGACAGAGGGUGAUAACAGGAGCGAGCUGGACAACAAGCUGCAGUCUGCCGAGUCUCGCUGUAAGAUGAUCGAGAGGCAGCUGGACUACAUGAGGAGGAUGGUGGAGGGCACAAGGAUGGACAAGGACGCGCCGGCAGACAUUCAGGGGUCACCUCAGCUAGUGCUACAGAAGCAGGAGAAGCAGCCAACCAACCCGGACAACCGAAUUCACCACGAAAAGCUGGAGAAACUUGAAUCGGAGUGUCUUAAAUUGAGCAGAACACAAAACCUGUCCGAGAUGAAGCUUGCGGUUCUGGAGCAGAGGCUUCUGAAGGAGGAACACGAGCGUAAACUUGUGCAGGAGAAAGCAGGCCAGCUGCAGCGAGAGUUGGACCUCAAUCGCCGACUGUCUUCUCCACCUGCUGUUCAGCAGAUUAAGCCAAAGAAGGCUCCCCAAAAGCCCACUCUGAAACCCCCCUGGCCGAAUGAGACGGUGUCACCGAGGCACAAAAGGAUUCCUUUUGUGGCAGGAAUGUCGACCAGCCCGAGCCACUCUGUGCACGCCAACGUGCAGAGCAUCCUGCACAUGAUGAAGCACCACCAGCCUCAGCUGUGCGAGCGGGUGAGCGCCCUGCACCGCUCGGGCUGCGGCGCCAAGAAGAGCCUCCGCAUGGACGGCCAGCCGGCGGUCAGGCGAGACGCGGAGCCCGAGUCGGACGCCCAGUCGCUUGGCUCGCUGUCCGACCUCCUCCUGGCCCUGCAGGAUGAGCUGGGGCAGAUGGGCUUUGAACAUCAGGAGCUGAUGCGUCAGAUCGAUGCCACUCAGCAUAUGGAGCAGAGGCAUGAAUUGCAGAGAGAACUGGAAAGUAUGGAGGCCAGGAUGGACAAAAAAGGAGCACAGAUCAUUAAACUGAGGAAACACCAGCAGACGGUCAACAAGUUGACCCAACAACCACGGGUCACCAACAAGGCGGCCAAGAAGCCAAACGCCGUACGGCCGUCGUCCACUUCUCCCACCAGGAGCAAUCAUCAUCAUCAUCAUCAUCAUAACAGGCCGAGCAGCGGAGGUCAGCAGAACCUACACAUUCUCAGGGAGACACAGAAGCUGCGCAACAGCCUCAAACAAGAUGACAUCUGCUGGGAAGCUUAAUCAAGAAUGAUGUCGAACCAGCCUACAUGUUUUUUUGUCAACUGUCAUGUUGUGAUCUACUGUAUAUUACAUAUUGUACAUUUUGAAUAAAGCAUAUUUUUGCCAGCUAGUGAAAUGAUUAGUCAGAUGAUGGCAGUGUUGAGCCAGUAUCAUACAAAUGGAAAAAGUGUCAUUUUUCAGUUUGUUUUGUCAGCGGUAAUAUGAAUCGGCAUGGAAGGAGUCUGUUAAAUGGGGUGAUUAAAAGCCCUGUGAAUCUUGUUACAUGGUACUUCUAAGUAAACGCAGCUAAUUACAGGA